UAGCGUUUUAGCGGAGGUCAGAGGUCAUAUUUAGUGGGCGUGCAUUUGGUGGGCGUGCCAGAAGAAAGCAAAAUCCACGUGGAACUGAAAGAUGGCUAGUUUGGAAGAGCAGUUGUCUGCUUUGGGGGUGGAGGGGGUCCAACCCGUGGGGGGUAUGUUGUCUGGUGCCAAGGCUGAGGACUUUGAAAACAAUCCCGUGCUGGAGCAGAUGUGGGCCAUGCAAGCAUUCAAGUAUGCUGAGACACACUUCACUCUCAUCCAGAGCAGGGAUGCCAAGGAGUUCCAACUGACCAGGGUGGACGAUGAGCUGUACGAGGCAGUCCGGGAGAGGUUUAAGGAGCUCAAGGUGGACGUGAUUGACGUGGAGAGUAUCAAGUCACCAGCUGGGAAGGAGGUAUGGCGACAGUUCUGUAAUGACUUCAGGGAGAAGGUGCAUGACUUCAACUUUGCCACCCUCCUAAGAAUUGACUCAUCUAAAGAAUACGAUGAAGCCAACACUGUCAUUGUUCCACGUGCCCAGUUCCUUGCUAUUGAAGUGGUCAGAAACAGACAAGGGCUUAACUCUAUGCACUCUAAAAAGACUACUAGCUAAACUGUGUUUGUUUGUUUGUUUGUUAUUGGCUACAUGCAUGGCUGUGUUGAAUGAACAGCAUACUUAUCAGAGUGUUGCAUCUCAAACAGAA